CGGUCAGUUUCGUUUCCUUGAGAGAAAGAUUGACGGAGAAGCUUGAGUCAUCCAUGCGUAUUUCGAGCUCUCCCUUAUGUGAGGGGACAUCUUGUGCUGGAGUGUUUUGCUUUUAUUGGAGCCCGGUGCAGCUUCCUCCCGGCCUCUCCCGGCUCUACUCUGUUGAGGAAACGCAGAAAGCAUGGCUAAUCCAAGUACUUCAAAUGAAAUUUUGGAAUGGUUCAGAGCCAAUAAAGUGCUGAUUUCUGCUGCAAUCAAAGAUUUGUUUCCUUUUCUCUAUGUUCUACGAGACAAGCAAAUAAUCUCUGAAGAAGAAUUCAAGAAUUGGAAAGAUAAGGUACAUUCAAAUCCAAAUGAUAUUCGUAAAGUGGUAUAUGAGGUCCUUGAAAACAUUAAAACCAAUGUGUCUGCAGUAAUGGAGGUCUUCUCCAAGGAGAAUUUGAAAAAUUAUCAAGAUUUACAGUCAUUACACUCAAGCCUACAAAAUGUUCUCCAGUCUGCUGGAAAUAGCUCUGCCACAGAACCUGGGAGCAGCAACUUGCUCCAGACAAACAAGGACAACUCUGAGUCCUCUAUAAGGAAACAAGGAAAAGGGAUACAAAAUAAGGAAAGAAAAAAAAUCCUGGGCCCGUUAAUUGUACUUUGUGGAAAACUGAAAGGCGUUUUAUAUAAGCGAAAGUUGGCAGCAGGAGUUACACAGAAAUGUAUCAGGGGUCUGAAUGGAGUAUGGUACACACCACGAGAAUUUGAGAUUGCAGGAGGAUGUGUAAAUGCAAAAUCCUGGAGAAGAAGUAUCCGCUGUCGUGGGGUUACUUUAGAAACAUUAAUAAAGAGAGGAGAUCUACCUGAACCAGCACGAAAAUCCCUCAAGAAAGUGAAGCCUGAAAAUGAUGACACAUGUGAAGUGUGUAUGGAAGCAGGGUCAGAGAUGCUCUGCCAUUCAUGCUGUCGAUCCUUUCAUUAUUCUUGCCAUAUUCCACAAGAACCUCCUGGGAGAAGAAGGAUGUGGAAAUGCACCCUUUGCAAAUGGAAAAAUUCCCUUUUCCACAAAGAAGACAAGGUUCUAAAGCAGAGAAUGGCUGCCAAACAGACUCUGGCAUGUGAGUUCCUGCUUCUGAAGGUCUGGUGUGAGCCAGAAAGUGUUGUUUUUGCUUACCAACCAAUUACGACACAAAGCUAUGACAACUGCCUAAGUAGACCCAUGUGGCUCAAGCAGAUAAAUGAGAAGCUGCGUGAAAAACAGUAUGAAACCGUGGGGGAUUUCAUUGGAGAUAUGAGGCUGGUGUUCUGCAAUGAUCAGAUGUUUAAUCAGGGCCAGAAGACUGCAGAAGAUGGGAGAAAACUCCAAAGUGAAUUUGAAAAUAACUUUCGGGAAGUGUUUUCUAUUUGUAAAUAACUUGUAAUGGGAAGCCCAAAUGGCAACUCAGCACAAAAUAUCAAUCUAAUAACAAUACAUGGCCUAUAUCAAAAUAUAAAACAAGUCAAAUCUAAAUUAAUAUCUUAACACUCUCAGAUACAAUCUAUUUAACACUAUAAUUCAUUCAACAAGAACUUACAAUUCAAUCCUAACUAUGUCUACUCAGAAGUAAGUCUCAUUGCAUUCAAUGAGGCUUUUCUCAGGUAAGUGGGGUUAGGAUUGCAGCCUUAAUGUCCCUGCCCCAUGUCCCCAUACCUGGCCUCCUUUGUGCAGUGAUGGGAGCUGCUUUGCUGUAGUACAAAGCUGAGCAAGACAGCAACAGCCAGGUGGUAAGAUAUGUACCUCCCUGCAGAAGUCACCUUGACGCCAAAUGUUAAUGCCCAAAGGUGGGAGUUCUGUAGCCUAGAGCAGUUCCUCUGUCAGCCCAGCUCUUUAUUCUUCACCAUCACGGCAAUAAGGAACCAGGAUCUUCAGGUGUUACAAAGACCUAAACUCUUUCAAGCCAAUUGCUCACCUCUCUGGACAGGCAGCUUCCCAAAUAAGUACCUGGGCUUGGGUAUGACUAGCAAAGCAAAUUCAGUUGCUGGCUUCAACACUAAGGACCCAUCCAUACCUAACCACAAAAUCCAUUAUUUCCAUAUUUGGUUGGUGGCCUCGAGGUCCAUACAUGUCCUGUUUGUGAUCGGAUUAUUAUGAAAACCCAAUUAUCAAGCAUCCAUACGUGUGGGCUUUUUUUUCUAAAUUGCUUUAAGAACAUAAGAACAUAAGAAGAGCCUGCUGGAUCAGGCCAGUGGCCCAUCUAGUCCAGCAUCCUGUUCUCACAGUGGCCAACCAGGUGCCUGGGGGAAGCCCGCAAGCAGGACCC